GAAGAGGUCCUUUGGGCGUCCCCGUUGCAUAGAAACACAAACCCCCAAUACGGAUUUGUACGUUUAUAAACGGAAAGAUAUUUUACAUUUUUACAGCGAUAGAGUUGACUAUACAAGAUAUAAAUGCAUACAGAUAUAUACGUUAUAAAUAGUCGCAAGGUGGUUGAAAAUGUAACUUAAUAUCCGUCGUAAUUCGUUUAUUCGCCUCGAUCGGCCAGUUAGCAAAUCAGAGUGCACAAUUACGUGUAAAAUCCACUCGUUUCAUUUAGACAAAAUGUUUCCUCAGCUGCAGUCGUUCUCUACUCGUCGGUUUGAUUUCUUUUAAACCGACAACUAAUCAAUCAAAUGCACAGAGGCGAAAAAUAACGCACACACGUUGAUACGUCUCUGCUAACAAGCCGGCGGACGCGGUGAACCACUCUUAGUUACGUUGGGAAGCUAUUUCGCAAUGUCGAAAUCGUUUUAAUUUGAAGCGGAGACGAAUAAAAACAAUCUAGAAGGUGCAGGAGGAGGUUAGGAAAUGGCCGCUGAAGAUGAUGAUCACAAAAUAUCCGAGCUGGACCAAAAGAAGUACGAUGCGGACGAACAAGUGAAGAUCAUCUGUCUGGGAGACAGUGCCGUCGGUAAAUCUAAGCUGAUGGAGAGGUUUCUCCUGGACGAAUAUCGCCCACAACAGUUGUCAACGUACGCUUUGACACUCUACAAACAUACAGCCACUCUGGCCAAUAGGACCGUAUCAGUGGAUUUCUGGGACACGGCUGGUCAGGAGAGAUUUCAGAGCAUGCACCCCUCAUACUACCACAAAGCCCACGCUUGCAUCAUGGUUUUCGACAUUCAGAGGAAAAUCACCUACAAAAACUUGGCCAACUGGUACAAGGAGCUGAGAGAGUAUCGACCCGAGAUCCCCUGUUGUGUGGUGGCCAACAAGAUCGAUGCUGACAUGAAGGUGACACAACGGAGUUUCAACUUUGCCAAGAAGAAAGGACUCCCUUUUUACUUUGUAUCUGCAGCCGAUGGCACGAACGUUGUUAAGAUGUUUCGAGAGAUGAUCAAGCGAGCCGUGGAAUACAAGCAAAACCCCAGUGACUUCAUUGAUGAAGUCAUGCAAGAACUGGAGAAGUUUGAGCUUGAGGAGAACGAAGCUCAUUCAGACGCUGAAGUCGGUGACGUCAAGAGGGAGGAGAGCCCAGAGUUGCCCUAACCAAAGUCCUCAAGUAUCCAUCCUCCCCUGUGCUAAAGAUGAUACAUUUAAUGACCUCUUCUGCAUGACAUUUCAAAUUUGAAUCUGUGCUGUGUUGUUAGUGGUCUCCUGUUGAUAAGGGUCUUCGGUUGACGAUGGCGUUCCGAAUUCCCUCACAAGUCGUAAAACGCGGCAUUGUCAGUCACAGGUGGACACUUCUGCAGCAAACACGGUGAUAACUGCGAUUGGAAUAUCAUGAGGCGUGACCAUUUAUUUUUACACCACUGCACAAACUAGUUCGUGAGCAUUCAAAGGCUCGAAACUGUUCAUGUUGGGACCUUACUAAACUGAAGACCCUUUGGAAUUUGUACCCUAUCUACCUGUUGGAAAAAUUGAGACGGUGCAUUGUUUACCUGCCUCUUAUUUGAAGAAUAGAUUGAAUGUUUGUUUCGGAGCUUAUUCACUAUCAUGUUAGUAAAGACGCAACAUUUCAGGAAUUUUCAAAGUUGGAAAUGUUCCCUGGGAAUUAAGGAAUAUUUAUGGAAAUAAGACUUAAAUUAAUCAAAUAAAAGUUUGACUCUUCCUAUGGAACUUAAAUAUAUUGUUUGUUAUAGGGAAAAGUAGCCAUCCAUUUUCUGAGAGGUGCGUUGUACCCUGUACAUGUCACCAGCCAAUCUCGGGGCACUUCUACAUAUAUUUUAGCAUAAUUCUGACAAAAGCAACCCAAUUUCAUGGACGUAAAGUGUAGUGGUACGUUUAUUUGCGAGUGUGCCGAGUGUGAGUUUUUCCAAGUUAGAAACUUGCACAUUAAUUUUAUGCGUUAUAUUGCAAACCAAUAUUUGAGGUAUGAGCCACCUUAAGAAAUGUGUCCCCUCGGGUGAACAAUUAAGGUGCUGUUAUGCAACACACUUGAAUAUUUUUCAAAAUAUAUCAUUUGUCAGGGAUAUUUUCCACAGAAAGGUCCCAAUAGGUGAUAUGAAUCUUAGGUAAUCAUCAUGGAUGGUCAUUGAGUGAACUCUUAAGAGACAUGCUAUGACCAUUAAGACAAAAAAAAACAUGCAACCGCAUACCUUGUCUGGGACGAGUGGAACAGCCUAAAGCCACAAAGCAAACUAUUUUGCCAAAGGUCCACUUUGAAAAGGCUCCAAAAAAGUGACCAAGGCUCCCACGGGCCAAUACAAUAAACACGGCUAAAAUUAAGGCGUCCAUAAAUCAUGUUACGUGGGUGUGAGAACUGAGCAAAAAUAUUGCGAUAUCAGCACUCAGGCACUCGGCACAUGUUCACACUGCAAGUCAAUUCCGAUUUUUUUCUCCCCCACACCACAUGUGACACCUGUGUUGAUUUUUUUUUUUUUAUGCAGUGUGAACAACAAUAAAUAUUUUUUCAAAUCUGACCUUGGUCUCUUUUGUAUGUGGAUAUAAAUAGUGUAUGUAAGCGAAGCAAAAUAUGCGCUGUGCAUGGGUGGUACUGAGAAGCUGGAGAAGCUGGUUCUGACAAUCGGCAUUGUUUUGAGUAACAAUGUUUUUGACUUUAAUUUAAUCUCACUUGAAACAUGAAGCGUAAGUGGACACAGUUAAUUUAUUACUCGUAGCAAUGACAUGAUGUCAUCUUUCGUAAAUAUCCCCAUUAGCUAGAGCACAGGUGUCAAACUCAAGGCCCGCAGGCCAGAUCCGGCCCUCCACAUCAUUUUAUGUGGCCUGCGGGAGCAAAUCACGUGUGUCAACUUUCAUGAUCCUUCCUGAAAUCUGUACCGAAAUGUCAAAUUGUCAUGGGUAAUAAACAACGUUGAUAUUUUGCAUCGAUCCUCUGAGAGAAGCCGUAACUCCGAAGUGGCCCGGAACAAAAAACGAGUUUGACACCCCUGCGCUAGAGGAACGUCGCCUCAUACCUCCGAAAUAUUUGUUCCUCUUCCUGCUCCGCAACUCUGGCGAUAUGAGAGGAUAAAAUGAGGCGCACCCUGUGGGACCACAUUUACUUCCGUAAACACUGCCCCACAUGACUGCUUAUUUAUUUUUUUAAUGCACGUCUCUUGACGUUGUGCUUUGUGCCCUUGCAUGUCACAUCACGGGCACUUUGUGUUCACAUUAAAAGUCGCAUUUGUUUUUGAUAUUGAAUGAGUACAUAAAAAGAUCGAAUGUAUAAAACCUACAGUGAGAACGUAGCCUCGGAUUUUUGCUCGUAACUCAAGACAACGGGCUAAGGGAUGACUCAUAUCUCAAAACAUGAUAAAUCUAGGCAUUUGUAUCUCAAAGCACUACCGUACCUGUGGGACACACCCUUCAAAUUCUCCAAUUUAAAUUCUCAUGCGCUUUUCCUGAUGUUUUCCACCCCUUAGAACACCAAAUACAACAUCAACAAGGAACUGCUUUGGUUGCUAUCGUAUGCAAGGAGGCCCGAGUUGCUGCAUUAGUUUUAGGCCGCGCAGCCCGUUUGCCAGCAGCAGCAGCCUUUAGAUGAAAAGUCAAUGUAGCGUAUAAUUAAAAAAAAGUCACAAUUUCUUGAGCAGCAAUUUACAUGAGUCAUCAACAUUGUCACUUUCAUACUGGAAGACAAAGAAUUUAACCCUUUUUAUUUCAAACAGUGUCAAUAAGCUGUCUAAGUGUUGUCAAUUGUGAAUAAAUAUACCAAAGCACUGA